UUCAUACGAUCGGACAGUACGAACCGUCCCUGGCUGCGUUCGUGAAACGGAAAAAAAACAUCCACGGAUUUUAACGGUCUCAGGGACUCGGAGAAGGCGUAUCGUGCGCGCGUGACGAUCCCUGAACGAUCAAGUGUGUACGAAGUCCUCGUGGCCAGGAAGGAUCGAAGCUACCAGCAGAGGUGCAGCGGUCGGCCAUUGCGCUUUCUUCGUGUCGCCGUUACGACCGCACGGUGCUCUGCUAUCGCUGUUGCAGUUUAAUAGGAUUUACCGGUGUAAUGCAGCAAGCCAUAAGAGCCACUUUGAUGAGAAUCCAUCUAGUUUGAAUCUAAUUCCACUGGAACUCCAUUCGAUGACUAUGAUCAUGACUGGGUUAUAUCAAGUAGUGUGGGGAUAUACAGGAUAUGAUAAUGAAGUUUGUUUUUAUUAGAAUCUUUAUAUUCUAUAUUUUUACAUUUUUAAUAUCGCAUAUUUUUUUGAUAUUUUAUCUCUUCAAUGUUGUGAUUAACAAUCAAUGAUCAAAAAUAUUAUGUACAAUAAAUAAAAGAUUUUUCAAUCGUAAAAAUUCUGAACAUUUAUAUCCUAAGAUUAAAUUCUUGUAUAAGAAAAAUGUCUAUUAUAUCCUCGAUUUAAAUUUCCUUCUCCAUGUACUUACAUAUUUCUAUCAUCGUGAUGUACAAAAGAGACGUGUAAAGAGAAAGGAUGAGAGAGAUGAUCGGUGGGAAUCGAGCUCUGGAAAAAGUUAUUAGAUUACCGCGUAGAAUAUUACGCCGACGAUGCGGUUAGUCUCGUCGUUAUCUUUAUCCCCGUAGCGCACCUGCUGCGCAAAGUGUUCACGCACAUGUGCGCGCCUAUAGUUUCGCAUGCAGAACGCGCAACGAUAAGUGCGUGUGUCUGUUGCGCGUUGUAGAUAAAUCGGCAGAGGCGCGAGGAGCAUAGUGAUUUUUUAAAAUUCACUCACGCCACGCAAAGAAACGAACGACCGGCGCAGACGAUCGAGAUAUCCUCUCAUUCCUGUCGCAAGGAAGCAGUGGCGUAGCAAACAUUUUAAAUAGUAAUCAUCUUUUGAUCAUCGUAUACAGUCGGCCAUGUCUGUUUGAGAGGUUAGGAAUAUUUCGGCAGGAAUGAGGAUUAUUAUUCUUAAGAUUCAAUUCAUGUUAUAAAUUAAUAAAAAUUUCUAAUUUUGUAAUAAUGUUGUUGGCUACGCCACUGUGAACGCCCGCAAAUCCUUUCACACUAAUAACGGCCAAUCUGAAAUCUCAUUCUAGAAUGUACAUCAGGGAUCGAUGUAAAGAGGAAUACAUUAAACGCUUCACGGAGCGGCAUUCACACGAAAGGAAACUGGAAAUUUACAAAUAGAAAGGUAUUCGUCAAAAGCACCUUGUAUACAGAACAUAAAAUCUCGAUCCGUUUGCUAGAGCGAAGAUUAAAUUCGUGUUUUCAAUACACGGAAUUACAACAGUUUUUCUGUAUUCCAUUGUACUUCGAUAUCGGUAAUAUCACUGUGAGAUUCAAUGGAGAGAAAGGAAGAAAUCUGUGGGUGAUCAGUCUUUCGACAUUCACGAAUCGACAAUCGAAGACACGAUCUGUAAAGAGGAAUCUAGCGGAUGCGCAGGCAUCUCCCGCGCCGUCGUUAAAGUGAAAGGCGCCUUGCUACGUGCAUACGAGUGUCGUGUUUGUACGUGAAUCCGCAGAAUACACGUGACAUUUUUAUGAUGGCAUGCUAACGUGUCACUAGGACCUGCUGUGGUAACGAUUAUUGGAAGCAAUCGUUAGCGUGUCUUGUGCACGAUCUCCUCUGCUAUUUAAAGAGGACAACACGAAGUAUUGUCAAUUCAAAGAAAGAAAUAGACGAAUAACGACGAAUCAUAACGACAUUUGUGAUUACAACUAUAGUCUUUCUUCUCUUAACGUGAAUGCGUAUUACAAUUGUGUAUCAUCUUCAGUCACGGGAUAAGAAAAAGAGUAAGAUAGAAAGGUUACACAACAUAUAAAACAAGACGAGCGCUGAGCAUUCUGAUUGUUUGGUUCCGUAACGACUUACCGAUUGCCGCAUCUCCAUGAAGCUUCAUUUAAUACGUUUCUUUUUUGUGGAUUAGAGAGAGUUACGGUGCGAACACACGUAAAUGCAACGAUCCACCAUUGAUACGGAAGAAGUUCGCUGGCACAAGUGUUUUUCGAGAAACCUGCUCCUUGACCCUGGGAUUACCGUGGAUCAAGGAAAUCAAGAUAAAGUGUGACAAGUGAAAAGUCCGGUUUCGUGUAACUCGUUUGCGUGCUUGCUAUAUAUAUAUUCCGUGGCGCGCGGGAAACGUCGGCUUUUGACCGACAGAGGGGGCCAACGAACUCGAGUUCGACCGAUAGGUGGUUCCUACGGUGUCAGCGCGAAACGGCGGGACUUACGCCGGACAAUCUCGAACCUCAAACUCGAGUUGAGUCGAUCAAGCCGUCCAACAGCUUGUCGGCGUCCUUCCUGUUGUCCUUGGUCCUCGGUGAAGGGGGACUGAUCGGCCCUGGUGGUGUCCUGGGGCCGCAGAUGGGAGCUGGUCUACUGGAGCCCGACAGGGUGAUCAACCCCGUAAAACGACAUCAGCCAUUCCAACUUCCGCUCGAGGCCUACGCUCUUCCCCUUCUUGCUCGUCGCUCACUAGGUUUCUCCCCGUUGAUUCGGCCGCAUAAACUCGAUCAAGCUGGAAUUGAUGGAGUUGGAGAACAUUGUAGCAAACACUGUAUAUCUCAAAGCGAGAGAAGGCGGUGGUGACAGCAACAAGGGUAAGAGUAAAAAAUGGCGGAAGAUACUCCAAUUCCCGCACAUUUCCCAAUGCAUAGGCCUAAAAGAUAAAUUGGAUAUCAGGUACAGCUAUGUGGUGGAUCAGCAACCGAUUGGUAGGCUGUUGUUCAGGCAAUUCUGCCAGGACAAGAAACCAUCCUACCAUCGGUACAAUCUCUUUCUGGACGCCAUCGAGAAAUACGAGAUCGAGAUGGAUGAGAAUCGGACUGAGCUGGCCAAGGACCUGUUCGAGCAAUACCUGAAGAGAGAGGGCUCAGAGGUCGUCGACAUCCUAAACGAUUCUUUGAUCGCCCAGUGUGAGGAGAGGCUCAGCACUGGCGGCAAGGAGCUCUUUGUGGAGAUCGCGCAGACCGUGAAAAACUUCCUCGCUGGCGAGCCUUUUUCAGCUUUCCAAACCAGCUUUUAUUUCUAUAGGUAUCUUCAAUGGAAAUGGUUAGAGGCUCAACCAGUCACGUACAAGACCUUCCGUAUGUACAGAGUGCUGGGAAAGGGUGGGUUUGGUGAGGUAUGCGCUUGUCAAGUACGAGCAACAGGAAAAAUGUAUGCGUGCAAGAAAUUGGAAAAGAAACGGAUCAAAAAACGAAAAGGAGAAGCCAUGGUACUCAUAGAGAAGAAUAUAUUGCAAAAGAUCAACUCUAAAUUCGUCGUGUCCCUAGCGUAUGCCUAUGAGACCAAGGAUGCAUUGUGUCUAGUUCUGACAAUUAUGAACGGUGGAGACUUGAAGUUUCAUAUUUAUAACAUGGGCGGUGAGCCUGGUUUCGACAUCAAUCGUGCCAGGUUCUAUGCAGCCGAGGUGGUCUGUGGCCUGGAGCAUUUGCAUUUACAAGGAAUAGUUUAUAGAGAUUGUAAACCAGAAAAUAUUCUGCUAGAUGAUCAUGGCCAUGUAAGAAUAUCUGAUCUUGGUUUGGCUGUGGAGAUCACAGAGGGAGACAUGGUGACAGGAAGAGUUGGUACAGUUGGAUAUAUGGCACCAGAAGUGAUUGACAAUGAGAAGUAUACAUUUUCACCUGAUUGGUUCAGUUUUGGAUGUCUUCUGUACGAGAUGAUAGAGGGUCAAGCUCCGUUUCGUGCAAGAAAGGAAAAGGUGAAGCGGGAAGAAGUGGACAGGAGGGUAAAAGAAGAUCAAGAAAGGUAUUCUGCCAAGUUUACCGAGGAGGCGAAGAGUUUGUGUCAGCAAUUAUUAAAAAAGAGCCCGAAGAACAGACUGGGUUGCAAGUGCGGUAGACAUGGCGCCAAGGAAGUAAAGUUGCAUAACUUCUUUCAGUGUUUAAACUGGAAGAGGGUCGAGGCCGGUAUGUGGGAACCACCGUUUGUGCCGGAUCCUCAUGCGGUGUAUGCUAAAGAUGUAUUGGACAUUGAGCAAUUCUCUACAGUGAAAGGUGUCAAUUUGGACGCCACUGAUGAUACCUUCUAUAGCAAAUUCAAUACUGGUAGCGUGUCUAUCCCAUGGCAAAACGAGAUGAUAGAGACUGAGUGUUUUAAGGAACUGAACGUGUUAGGUCCUAACAACACACCUACUCCUGAUCUAUUGAUCAAUCAUCCACCACCAAAUAACGAAAAUAGAGGCUGCUUUCCAUUUCGAAGACAGAAAAAGCAAAGUGCUCGUACAAGACAAAUACCAUUAUCAGAGUGUCAUCUACUGGAGUUGUCGCAGAGCCAAAACUCGGAGAUGCCAGCUAGCUGAUCCAAGGUGAACACAAAUAGUGUAAAUCAACCGACAUCGUCGUCUAUGCGACGUCGUCGUUGCGGACGACGUCGACGAGCUCUCAGAUGCUGCCCAAAGCUGCUUUGAAACAGGAAAAACAACAAAAAAUGAUGCCUGAGUAAGCUCUGCAACUUUGGCGCCGAUUUUUGGUGUGUUAUCUUAUGAGAUUCACACUCAUCUGUAAGAGGGCUAGCUGAGAAGAGGCACUUUCAGCACUACAAGCACAUGACACAUGUUUUCUCAGGUUUCUCGGAGCAAGAAGCGACGAAUACGUUGAUACUUGCGAGAAUGAUACGUUCAAAUACGUUUGUAAUAAGAGUAACAUAGAAGCAACGCCUCGUAAUCUUAAAAAUCCAAGAGAAAUGUUGCUCUUGUUGCAAAGAAAUAGUGGAUGCAACUAUGUAGUUAUUACAUCGAAAUAUGAAAUUCUUUAUGAAUGAAAUUGAUCGUAAAAUAUUAUUUAUUUUUGCGUGUGCAGCGCUUGAUAUUUAUUUUCUAUCGAAUGAAAAUGCAAUAGUAGGUAUUUAUGGAGAAUGACGUUUGGAAUAUUGAAUUCUCAUUACGUAUUAUCUCAUUAUAUAUGUUUUACGGCCAUUACUGAACGGUAUUCUUUAUUCAAUUGGUCUAUGUACACUUAAUGCACAUGAAUAUGAGCGUGAUUUCGAGCAUUCACACGUUGGCAUAUAUGCAAUGUUCGCGUAAAUAUGUUUACGAAUGGCGCAAUUACAUAUCGGUAAUUGGGGUCGCGUGCAUAUAAUUUUGUAUGUGUACUUAGAGCAGUCGAUAGGCGCGUGCACAUGCGAUAAUGAUAGUAAGAAUGUUAUUAACGGAUAAAGAAAAUAUACGCGUGAAAAUUGCAAUAUGAUAAAAAUAUACUGUGAAAAAAAUGCUCCGAUGGAACCGAAAAAAUUUUCUUUCGUUUCUUGGAGCAAGUUCCAGAGGCAUUCUAAUUUUUUAACUAAUUUUUUUAGUUGAAAUUAAUUGUAUUCGCUGCUUAAAAUAAUCACAGGGUCGUUUGUGUUAGAAUAAUAUGACUAGAGAUAUUUUUUUUUACUAUUAUAUUACUUUUAAAGAUCCUAGUAUUUAAUUUUUUUUUUUUUUUUUUUGAGUACACGAUCCUCUGAUUAUUUUGAGUAUAGAAAAACAUAAUCUAAAAUUCAAUCGAAAUUUAUUUUAUAAUCAGAGUGUUCUUUCUUGAUUGACAAUCUUCCAAUCUUCAUUUUGGAAUGUACAUUGCAUUGCUCAAAAUAGUCACUGAAUCCUAUACUCAAAUUAUAUCUUGAAAACUCCAGAUUAUGAUAUAAAUUACAAUUUAAGUUCAUUAUUUUGUGAGCAGUGUAAUCAUCGACUGCCUAAUUAGUUCAAUUUUCUUCUCAAGUGAAACUCGAACCGAGUAGAUGCAUUUAAAGAGCGUUAAAAGUCUGUGUUUUGA